CAUCAAUUGUGGACUCUCUAACAUUACAAAAAUAUUAGAUGAUACCUUUUCAUUCUCGAGAAGAACAUUGAGCUAUCUAUUCCUUCAGAGAUUGUACUUCUAGAACCUCAAAUGAGUAUGAUCCGCUUAUUAGGGCUACAAUUUUCACGAUUGAAAUUGUAUUGUUGCGGUACUUCCCGUUAAUAAGGCGGACUGUUUGGAGAUUACGAUUGGAUGUAUUCUUCUUAAGGGCUUGGGUUGUUGCAGGUAUUGGGUUUGUUUUUGGCUGUUACCUGGUCCCUUAUCAAAUUGACAAUCCUCCCUGUGUUUUUCGAAUGGAUGAACGUAAGUCUGAUGGUCAAUGUGAGUCUAAGAGAUCUCGAGUUCAUUAUACCCGGGAAGAGAUCCUGGCAAUUAAAGAAAAUGCGAUCUCUUCGGUUGAACUUUCGGACGAAUUCUCUCGGAUAAGUGCUUCUGUUAUGCGUCUAACUCGCGGAAGGACUAGACCCAAUUCCUUUUCUAAAACUCAGGGAGGCGAGAAGACACGGGAUGCUUCCAGCAUAGUCCUCGGUCCUCAAAAACGUACAUGGAACACUGGUUGUCAUGUCUCACAACAACCUCAAGGUCGUGAAUCGUCGGAUACAAACAAUUCUACUCGGCCUAAAUUUAACUCAGAAAACCGGUCUUAUGACAAGCAGCAUUGUAAAGGGACUAGUGACUACAAAAGAGAGUACCGUUCUAAUGAUAUUCGUGGUCCUGGUCGAGGUCGUGAUCGCGGGUUUGGAAGACAUGCUGAAUGUGCUCCGUUCAUUAAAAACCACAGUAGAGAAGACCGCUACAAUCAUGAUCGUCGAAUUUCUUCUUCGCACAGCGAUGAUGAACCUGAGUGGUUUGCUGAAGGACCUACCACGGUUAAUGAAACGAUUGAACUGGGAGGAAUUUUAGAGGAGACGGUGGAAUGUGCCUCGCCCAGUAAGUGCUUAGGAGUGGGAAAUGAUCUUUCGCAAGUUGAUGAUAGUAUAUUGCCGAAUUCAAGCAUUAGUACUAAAAACGUCUUUAAUGACAAGGCUUCGGAAGCUGAAGGUCAUGCUUUCCUUGAACAGUCAAGCGAAUCCACAUCUAGUGUCAUAAAUCACGUGAUGUCCGAUAGUCAAGGAAGCCGUUUCAAACACCUGUUUCAAAAGAACGAGAUACCGGAUGAAAAUAAGCUCCCAAACAAUGCUUACCCAAAUAAACCCGCCCCUUUAGAUAAUAUCAACGAACAGUUACUUAGGUUGCUGAAAGGUUCGUGCGGAAAUCCUGCCAGUCAUGUCAGUCCUGAAAAGAACAAUGGUAUGGUAUCUACAAAUCCUUAUUCUUUUGCAGCUCUCCAAGUUGAAAAUAAGCUUCGCUCAAUCCUACUUGGACACGGCCCUGUAUAUCCCUUGAAUGUUGGGCCUGUCAAAGAAUCAAAACCAGCAGUACUAACUGUUGAAGAAAUUGAAGCUCAGCUUAAAGUACCUCAGGGAGAUUCAACUAAUUUAAACGAAUCAAUCGAUCCGAUUGAUUCUCUUACUCAUUCGGAUCCUUUCAUAGAUGAUCAAGCCAUUAAAUCUCGUGGCAUACCUAUUGGCUCAUCAAAAAACUGUAGCUUGUUUUCUCAGUCGGGAACGACUUCCAACCUGGUGCCUAUUUUGCAAUCACUGAUGAUCGGAAAACAACAAAAAUCAGUCUACUCUCAGUCUACAAAUCCGCAAAAUUCACACUCGCCUUUUGGACUGGUCUCAAAUUUUAUGGGCGCUGCCACGUCUGCGGGUUCAUGUAUUAGUCGAUUGCAAAACCCAGAUGCCCCGCUUGGUGUUGAUCUACCUUCGCAUGGUAUAGUGAUUUCCUUAAAAUUACUUUUCUAGGUUCCCUUCGUCAACUCUGGAAUGGUACGAGAGACGUUUCUGCUCACCCAAGCCCACAACUGCAGCCCUUAGGUUUGUAUCCUGAUGUAUCUAGAUUUCAAACUAUCAAGACUCCAGACUCAGGAUUACUUGGAAGACCUAUAGUUAAGGCUCAACUAAAUGUUCUCUCUAGUUAUAACUCAAACGAACAGGCACCAAACUCUACUUUCUUUACUAACCAAGGCCACGGGUCUGUCAAUUCAUCACUUUACCAAGGUAGGUAAUGCUCUUUUUGUGUAUGUAGUUGUGUCCAAAGUUACUUAUCGUCUUACAUGUUAUACAAUCUUAAUGACUACAUUGUGAAGUGCGAUUUCUUUGACUUGAUUUUGUUACAUUGCUUCUUCCAGAAUCAUGUAAGCUGAUUACUUAUACAUUUUGAAUCCAUACAACUCAACUGAUUCCUUUUUGUCGGAAGUUUUAGUGAUUUGAACUGACAUUGAUUACCUUGCGUUUUGUCCAUCACAUUUAGUUUUACCUAAUGAAAACUUGUCACUCGAAGCAUUAAACUAAGAUCGAUGCCUUAGUAAUUCUUAUCAUAAUGCCUAUUCAUAAUCAAAGCGAUACUCCUAUAACUAAGCCGUUUUUCAUAAAUAUUCUAUUUUGUUCCCUUGUCAUUUGCUUUCUGUUCUUAGAAGCGAGGUUAUCAAUUAACAGUCAUUUCCAAAGUGUGUAGCUUCGUCAUCAGUAUUCUUUUGGAGAUAGCCACUUCCAACUUUCCAAAAUUGGUUUACUAAAAAGCUCAGUCCAAUAUACAAUUGAGUCCUGUUAUGUAAAGAUUGAUAAAGCGCAGGAUCUCUUAACCGCCUUAGACAACAAUACAAGUCUGUUUGAAAUUCGUUUCUUUCCCUCUAAAUGCGAAAUGUAGAGUACAUUUGUAAGUUAUUAGUAUUUAGUCACAGUUGUCUUCGAAGCAUUGGUUACGUAUGUUACGACCAUCGAGUGAUCAAAGCUGAGUUUUAGACGUAGAGUACUAAGCGAAGAUAACCAACCAGUUAAUAUGGGGUUAAUUUGGUCGGUCGCAAACAAGUCAGAAUCUAACAUUUAGACUCAUCGUUACAAGUCACAGCAUAAAGGUAAAAUGAUCAAAAUAAGUACUAAAGUAGUAUCAGUGGCGAAGAAAAUGUAGGAUAACGAGUGUGACUUAAGACGUAGGCAAACUCGUGUGGUGAAAAAUCGUUAGGCACUUUCAAAACUCAAUAUCUGGGAGAAAAGAAUAAAUAAAUCCGUCCCAUUUCAUCAGAUUCUAAGCCUUGUCACCCAACGUCUACAGCCGCUGAUCACAAUAAUCUUGCUAAUCCCUUACUUGGUAUUCUACACCCGCGGGUAUGGUCUGGCCCAACGGCCUAUAGUGUUGACUGGUACCGUGUUGUAAUUUGGGCGCCAUAUUGUACUCCUACAUUACCUAGCCUAGUGUUGUAUAAGUAUAGGUAAUGUAUGUCGCAGUUAACUCAGGCGAUGAAUAUUCACCAUUUUAUCAUCUUGCUUCGUAUCUUGCGUCUAACUUCAAUACUGUUUACUCGGCGGUUCCAACAUUCUCUAGCAAUGCUUCGUCGUUGCUUAUUAUCAAGUAGUAGCAACCGAAUAUUUAUUUCUAAGGUCAGGUUUCACAGCCAUAAAGUUAAAACGAAACCAGUUGUUGUUCAGCUUACUCGUUCGUGUUUUGCGAACGGACAUCUUGCCUACACCAUAGGUGAUUCAUGCUGACAAAAGUCAGGCGAGCCUUCCGAAUCCAUGUCGAUAUCCCGUGAAACACCAACUAAACAGGACUGAUGAAACUUCUAGGACAGGUGGUUAACACGCUAAACUACUUCACUCCAAUGAAAAUGACAAUAGCUGUCAAUUCCAAUGAAAAGCACUUCAAGUCUAUUAUUUUAAUAACUGUUCUUCACAUAUUUGGGCUUAACCAACAUUGUUAAAGUAGUGAGCUUUCGUCUGUGUUCCAGAAUUCGGAAUUCAAUAUCUGGUUUAAACAUCAACGUCCAAACCUGAAACCUGUUGGAUUUCCUGUUUACGAACCCUAGUUUGGCGUCGGAUAAUUAUUGAAGCAAAUAUCCUAGGCACUAUGUUAGUCAAACUAAUUCAUCUUCAGCUAUCACAAGAGAAUCCUCAUCCUUUCUUAUACUUUCGGGCCAGGCGGAUGGGAUUAUGUUCAUUCCCCAGACUAGGUAAUGUUUCAGUUUGUCGAAUUCGUUAAGCUAGACCCCCCAUCCUAAAAUAGUCUAACCCAUCAUAGCCCACUAAAAUCCCUUGCUUUCGAUUAACUGUAAUCUUUAUUAAGAGUUGGGAGGAACCUAUCUAAAUUUACCAUUCAUUAAUUAGACCCCCAAUAUAAUAUAGUUGUAUAAUUAUCAUAACUAAGACCCAAGUUGUAAUUUACAAUUGCUUCAGCCAGUUGAUGUGAUUUUGGAGAGACUUUAUCUGUUAUUGUAGUCCUAAACAAUUCUAGAUUUCAAUGUUGUGAUCGGAAAUUUGUGGUGUUAUUUCUAACUAAAAUUGUCUGUGUAAAAUUUAUCGAUAGGUAUACUAGUUUUCCAUAUUUAACACAGCUGCUACCAACGUCCCUGUAAAGUCUGUAGUACGAUUUCAACCUUGAGCAGAAAACUGAGUAAUCACUGUGAAGAUAUGUCUAUACGCUGAUCUGAUCGUUGACAUAUUGUAUACAAUAAAUCUAGAUGAGUUAUGCUGCGUUAAAGCAAAAUUAACUUUUGGUUUACUGCAGUUAAUUUUUGUUUGCUUACUAUCUUAAUUUGAGUUCAUGUUCUAACUUUUUGUGAUCAUUAUCUUCAGACUCUAGCCAUCUGCUUGAUAGGAAUAUGAAGCAGUUCUACCUUGGCAAUACUGAGUCUUCAAAUCUAAAUAAUUCUCAUGGAUUUUUAUCUUGUUCAAAGCAAAGCUAUGGGAAUUUAUUGCCGUUCCAAAGCUCAAGCCCAUCACUAGCGUCAACUAUUACUUGGAAUAAGAAUUCAUCUGCUCAACACCAAACUAAAGUUAAUGAAUCUCAAGCUAGUAAUGGAAGUUUGACCUUGCUAUCACAGCUAGUUGAGUGGGAAAAAUUAAAACAACCACCUAGAUCUAAUCCAUCCUUUAAUCGAACGAAGGCAAAAACGCUAGAAGAAAUAGAACAAGCAGAGUCUUCAAGAAAUAAUAUAUUAUUUUGAAUUUGCAAAGUUCGUGUACCUAGAUUAGAGACUCCCGGAAAUUUUGUCGGGUUAAUUUCAUUCCUUACCAGAUCUUGUAAAUUUAUUUUCUAUAUGAGAUCUGCGCAGUUUCCGCAUGUGCGGAAACAGUGUACAUAGUUUAAUUUUCUUCACAAGAUUGCGAUAUACUUGUUUUUGGGUGACUACUUAAUUCUGUCUAUACUUUUCUGUGAAUAUUUCCCUUUAUACUGGAAACCCAGUAACAGAUUCCCUUUGGUUUCCUGAAAUUGCACUUCAGAGGUGCUUAGUUUAUUCUCAUUUUGCCUUAUUUUGUUGAAUUACCACAGUUUAUGCAUUUCUAACAGUUUCGUGUUUUGUCGUUACUGAAGUUCGAAAAUAAAGAAAAUAUAUCUUGGAUACAUGUAUGUCCUCAAAAACAUUUGUCUCAAUAGAUAAAAGUUAAGUCAGGAACUUUCUUCGUAGUUGAGAU